AUGGUGGAUAACUAUAAUAAUAAUAAUAUAUUACCAACAAAUACAUCUACAACUACAACUACAAAUACGACAAUAACACCUACACCACCACUACCACCACCACCUCCAAUUUCAAAUAUAUUAGAUAAUAAUAAUAACAAUAAUUUAAUAAAAAAUGAUAUAAAGAAUGAUAAAGUUGCAGUAUCGAAUUCAAAUGUUAGACCAUCAUCUUCAUCAGUUUCAUAUGAAAAUUCAGAUUGGAAUAAGGUAUAUAAUAGUGAAAGAGAGAAAUUACAUGAAGUUAAUAAACAAAUUUUAAAUAUAAAAAGACCAUCAACUAGUAUAGUUAGAGUUAGUCAAUUAGAUUCUGCAAGAUUAGAUGAAGAAAUUUUAGAUUUAUUAAGAUCUCAAUUUAUGAAAAUAUUUACAUUUUUUAAACCAAACUUUAUACAUAAUUUUCAACCAGAAAUUAAUUUAGUAUUAAAAUCAGUUAUAUAUAAAUUAUCAAUAUUUAAUUUAGGUACAACGUAUGGUAACCAGUUACAAAAUUUGACAUAUAGGAAUGAAAAAGCAUUCGACCCAAUUAGAGGUUCUGAUCAAUUGAAUAAAUUAACAAUGAGACAGAAAUGGUUGUCGGGUUUGAUUAAUAUUGGUGGUGAAUGGUUAUGGACUAGAAUCAAUCGAUAUUUGAUUAACAACAAUUGGAGUGAGCAUCCACCUAAUGAUAUAAGAAAAAAGUUUUGGAACUUUUUAAAUUUUGCAGAGAGUGCUUAUAAAGCUUUGGCAUUAUUGAAUUUCUUGACAUUCCUAUUCAAUGGGAAAUAUGUAACAUUAGUAAACCGUAUACUACAUAUGAGAUUAGUGUAUGCCCAUCCAACAUUGUCUAGAAACAUUUCAUUCGAAUAUAUGAAUAGAUUAUUGGUUUGGCAUGGUUUCACUGAAUUCAUAUUAUUCAUUAUGCCAUUAAUCAAUAUAGAUCGUAUAAAAUCAUUUUUAUAUCGUUUAUUAGUUAAAACUUCUUUUGGUAAUAGUAGUGGUAAUAAUAAUAAUACAGCUUCAAAUCCAUUACAACAAUUACAAAAACAACAAUUAUUAAUUCAACAACAACAAAUGGCUUUAGCAAAAUGUCCAAUUUGUAUGAAUGAUCCAAUUAGUAUGCCUUAUUCAGCUGAUUGUGGUCAUCUUUUUUGCUAUUAUUGUAUUAAAACUUCUUGUAUGAUUGAUUCCUCUUUUACUUGUCCACGUUGUAAUUCUUUAAUUUCAAAUAUUAAAAGAUUUUCAAUUCAAGAUUAA